GAUUUUCUCUGUUCAGGUCACUGAUCGCUGAUCUCCUCACCUCUCUCACUCUCUGCAAAAAACCAUAAAAUGUCCGUCGCAUUAUCGUCUUCUCUCCUUCUCUCGCAGUCACCAUCUCUUCUUUCAUCUCCCGUCCUUGCUUCUCAUCGGUUUGCUGCGGGUCCUUCAGAAACUCCACGAAAUCGUUUCUUCAUUGCAUCAAAGCCCGACUGCUCUCGUCCGUUUCCUUGUACAACCUUUCCUAGGGAAUUUCCUCUCUGCUUUUGCUCCUCCUUCCCGACCAUGCCUCAAGAAGAAGCCUCCAAUUCCGCUUCUCAGUUGCAGGACAGUUUGUUGUACUCGAGGGCAUUCUGGGUUAGCAAGACAAUAAUUGCAUGGAAUGUAGAUAUUGGAGAUGGUUCAUGCUAUUUAUAUGCAAGUAAAUCGGCUUCUUUGUCUGUUACAGAAGAUGGAAUUCAAGGUCAUGAUGUGAAAGUUAAGCUCGAGGAAGGCACUGGCAAGCUUCCGAUAAAGUUAACAUGGUGGUUGAAAAAGUUUCCUCAUAUUCAAGAUUACCGAGCCUUCAAGGUGCCUUCCGAUUUGGAUGUCAAAGAUCUCCUCAAAUGCCAACUGGCGAUUGGUUGUUUCAACUCUGACAGAAAAUGCUUUAACGCUACUUGUUUGCAAUUACCUGGAAUUCUGGAUGAAUUAUUCUCAUAUGAUGGUCCUCUGGGUGCAAUUUACACGGAAGAAGCUGUGUCACUGUACCUCUGGGCACCUACAGCUCAAGCAGUAAGUGCUUGCAUCUAUAAAGAUCCAUUAGAUAGGAAUCCUGUGGAAAUCAUCCAGCUCAAGGAGGAUAAUGGUGUUUGGAGUGUUGAAGGGCCAAAGAGUUGGGAUGGCUGCUAUUAUAUUUAUGAGUUAUCAGUCUACCAUCCAAGCACCUCUCAAAUUGAAAAAUGCUAUGCAAAUGAUCCAUAUGCAAGAGGGCUUUCAUCUGAUGGUGGGAAGACAUUGAUAGUUAAUCUUCAAGUGGAUAUUUUAAAACCUGAAGGAUGGGACAAAUUGGCAGAUGAAAAACCGGAUCUACGUUCUUUCUCUGAUAUUAGUAUAUAUGAGUUGCAUAUAAGGGAUUUUAGUGCCAAUGAUCAUAGUGUGAACCCUGACUUUCGCGGUGGAUACCUGGCUUUCACUCUUCAGGGGUUAAUGGGAUCAUUUAUUUCAUCAGAUAUAAAGGACUUCUCUAUUGUUAGCAUCUUUUGGCAAGAGGUCCCUUUUGAGUGUGGCUUUUCAGAUGCCUCUGUUCUGGAAAAAUUGCCACCAGAUUCUGCUGAACAACAAGCUCAAAUUAGUGCAAUCCAGAAUGAGGAUGGAUAUAAUUGGGGUUAUAAUCCUGUUCUCUGGGGGGUCCCUAAAGGAAGCUAUGCAAGUAAUGCAAAUGGUCCAUGCCGUGUGAUUGAGUUCAGAAAGAUGGUUCAGGCUAUCAACCAUCUAGGUCUUCGUGUUGUGCUGGAUGUUGUUUACAACCAUUUAUAUGAAAGUGGGCCGUUCAAUAAGGACUCUGUUCUCGAUAAGGUUGUUCCAGGUUACUAUUUGAGAAGGAAUGCUGAUGGGCUUGUUGAAAACAGCACAUGCAUGAACAACACUGCUAGUGAACAUUAUAUGGUUGAACGCCUGAUUCUCGAUGAUCUUAUUCAUUGGGCAGUUAACUACAAGGUUGACGGUUUCCGGUUUGACCUUAUGGGUCAUAUAAUGAAAAGUACAAUGAUCAAAGCAAAUGAUGCCCUCCAUAGGCUAACAAAGGAACGUGAUGGAGUUGAUGGUUCAAGCAUUUAUAUAUAUGGUGAAGGAUGGGACUAUGGUGAAGUUGCAAAAAAUGCACGUGGGGUGAAUGCUUCACAGUUCAAUCUUUGUGGAACUGGAAUUGGGAGUUUUAAUGAUCGUAUUCGGGACGCAAUUAAUGGUGGAUCUCCAUUUGGUCAUCCUCUUGAACAAGGAUUUGCUACUGGUCUAUAUCUGCAGCCUAAUGAUCAUGACCAAGAUUCGGAAGCUACUCAACAACUUAUGCUUGCUGUUGCAAAGGAUCACAUCCAGGUUGGCAUGGCUGCAAACUUGAGGGAUUUUGUACUUACCAGUCAUGAAGGAAAGGAGGUGAAAGGAUCAGAAGUUUUAACAAAUGAUGGGACACCCGUCGGAUACACUUCAUCUCCCAUUGAAACUAUCAAUUAUGUGUCGGCUCAUGACAAUGAAACUCUGUUUGACAUUGCCAGUAUGAAGACUCCAAAGAAAAUAUCAGUGGAGGAGAGGUGCAGGAUAAAUCAAUUGGCAACCAGUAUGAUAGCAUUGUCACAGGGAAUACCAUUUUUCCAUGCUGGUGAUGAGAUUCUACGCUCAAAAUCUCUUGAUCGUGAUUCAUACAAUUCUGGUGACUGGUUCAACAGGUUAGACUUCUCCUAUGAUUCUAACAAUUGGGGUGUUGGCCUCCCUCCAAAAGAGAAAAAUGAAAAGAAUUGGGCGCUAAUAAAACCAAGAUUGGCAGAUCCGUCCUUCAAGCCUCAAAAAAACCAUAUCUUAGCUACUUUGGAGAAGUUUAAGAACGUAUUACGUAUCCGGUAUUCUUCACCACUGUUCCGUUUGAAAACAGCAAAUGCCAUACAGGAGCGAGUACAUUUCCAUAACACUGGUCUUUCAGAGGUCCCUGGCAUCAUUGUGAUGAGCAUUGAAGAUGGUUAUGAUGGUGUUCCUGGGUUAUCUCAACUUGAUCCCAUCUACUCUUACAUUGUGGUCAUCUUCAAUGCACGCCCCUCUGAAGUCUCAUUCUGUAGCCCUACACUGCAGGGAAGGAAACUUGAACUGCAUCCUGUGCAGGUGACGUCGACUGAUAAAAUUGUCAAGAUGUCAUCAUACGAAGCAUCCUCUGGGUCCUUCAAGGUGCCUCCAAGGACAACAUCAGUGUUUGUUGAACCCAGGAAAAUUUGAGCAGUCUGCUGCUGAGCAUAAUGGUUGAUUGAUCACUUCAUUACUCGUUGGCUAUUUUGCACACACGAAA